AUGGGUGCAGAACAAAGUGUUGGCUAUCAAAAAUCAUCUAAUUUCCAACAGAAUCAUCAAUCUGUUCUUCUCAAUCGAAAAAAAAGACAGGUCAUUCAUCUGUUCCAUCUUCACCUAAAUAUGAUUUACAUCAUCAGUCAUUAUCAGGACAAAUCAACAAAUCUCAAAAAUCUUUUUUCAACUAAAUCAUUAAGUUAUUCCUUUGAUAAAUCUGUAACAACACGUAAACAAACUACUGGUAUCUUGACUGUGAAUCGUGGCCGACAAACUUCAAGUCAAUAUGAAUUAGAAUAUGGUCUAACUGAACUAAAAAAACUUCAUCGAAUAUCUACAUUUGAACCACUUCUGUCAACAAGAAAUCAGCUGGUUGCUUCAAAUUCUCAUUCUUCAACAUCAUUCAAAAAUAAACAGUUUACUCCAAACCUUCCAGAAUUUGAAUGUGAAGAGUUAAUGAAGAUUUCAUCGAUUUAUGAACAAUAUUUAUACAAGUAUGCCAGUGAAGUUUCGCAGAAACAAUCUGAUAUAAUAGUUGUACAAAAUAAAAUCGAUCGAGAUCUCUCACAACUUUCAGAAAGACUUCAAGCCCGUGAAAAAGGUAUGAAUUGUAUUCGGCGUUCAACCAGUUCAACAUUUCGUAGUCCUUUUAGCAGUCCAAAGAAGAAUAUUCCUGUUUCAGAGCUUUGUUCGUCAAAAUUAGCAGGAUCUCAACAAAUUGAAAUGAUUGUUUUACUAACUAGUCAAAUUUCAGGUUUAAUGUCUCAGUGUGAUGAGUUAAGUAAACAGCUGAUGGAUACAGUAAAGAUUUUGGACGAAAAAUUAUGUAAUCAAGAAUUAAACAAGUCCAGUUGA